ACGUUCUAGAUUUUUAUAUAUUUGUUAAUAGGUUAAAGAAAAACGUUCAAUUUGUAAAAAAAAAAAAAUCUCGUCGAAAAGAACUUGUAAACGAUAAAUCCAGAACAAUUGAAAUUCAUUUAAAUUGACAUUCAAAAUUGAAUUUAUAUUCAUCAUCAAAUCUAGAAAUAAUUCAUCAAUCAAAUUGUCGAUAUAAUCAAAUAGAUGAUAGUUUAUCAAAUCGAACAGGCGCAUCAUUAUCUUCAUCAAUAGGUGAUGCACCAGCUGCUAGUCCUGAACAAUCUUAUAUAUUAGAUUUAAUACAUACAACAAAUGCUCAUCUUGAUAAUAUGGAUAUUAUUCAACAUUCAUCAUCAUUUUAUUGUGAUCAAGAUAAUAGUUCUAUUCCAUCGAUUUUAUUAAAUACUAUAUCGAUUAAUAAACAACCAAUGAAAUCAAAUUAUUUAGAUUUUGAAAAUACAGAAAAAUAUCUUGAAGAAAAUCAAUGUGAUUGUUAUUGUCAAUAUAUAUUGAAAAUGAAAAAUUAA